AUGACUUCAACGGAGAAAAAGAUUGGAUUCGAGGAGUUGUGUAAACACAACACUCUGGAGGAUUUAUGGCUCGCCAUCGACGGCAUCGUCUACGACGUGACCCCAUUCAUGGACGACCACCCGGGUGGUGGAGAAAUCAUGCUCUCCGCGGCAAAUAAAGACGGCACGGACGAUUUCGAGGACGUCGGGCACUCACCACACGCGAGGGAAUUGCUGAAGAAAUUUAAAGUUGGCGUAUUCGAGGGAGAAUUCGGCGACGAAGCGCCUUUAACGAAGAAGAAGAAAGGAGGGAGAGACGACGUUUCAAUCGGAGGGAACGCAAUUUUAGGGAUGGUGUUACCAAUUUUGGUGUUAUUGUGCGCGAUUAUGGCGUAUUACAUGGGGAUGCAGCGAUGA